CCCUUUUUUUUUUUUUUUCUCGCAACUUCCUUCGUCCAGAUUUCUGCACUCCUUUCCCUACGAUGUCCUCUCUUAGAGUUGAUCGCAUGACAGAGGUCGUCCUUUGCGUCGAUUCACCCAUCCUCGCAAUGAAGUCUCCUGGCAACACUGCUAGUGUGCGAACUAGCAUCUUCGGAAACUUGCAAUGGACAGUAACCUUGACCCGACAAGGCAACACUCUUACCGUGAGCCUUCAAAAGUAUAACGGGUCAUCGAAUUAUUGCAGUUACUGUGGAGUUUCCCCUACGAAUUUGAGUCAGUUUAGCUCGUUGCAUAUUGUGCCUCAUAAGAACAAGGCAGCCUACACCUCAGUCGACAUCAAUGGUUCUUCCCUGCAAAGCGGAAGUGCUGUCCAAGCGCUAGGAAAUAUCGAUGUCGACAAUGCCCUCCACAAUGGCAUGUACUCCUUCGACCUGGUCUUCUCUACCAGCGCAGAGCUGAGUAGGAAACAGGAGCCACCUUCAGAGCCAGUGGUUGAGAACGUCGACACCAUGAAGGUCCUCCUCAAGGACAUGCAUUCGGUCGACACCUGUUUCAUUUUUGACUCUGACAAGGACAAGACGCAUCUGAACACCGGUCUCUGGGCCCACCGCGCCAUCAUCUCCCGCUACAAGAAGUUUGCAGAGCGCAUCGAGGCCGAUGCCAAAGACGAGGCCAAGGACAGAGACGCAGGCGAUCUCGAGAGCACAUCCAGCGAGAGAUCCUGGACGCCAUUAUCCGUCGAUUUCCGCAGCGACAUUGGCAGCUCGGCAAUCCUGACCGUCCCUGUCGACAAGUUCUCACUGGCCACCUUCUGUGUGAUGCUGCGAUACAUCUACACUGGUGAGAUCGAACGCUCAGCCGACGCAAGCAUGCAUGCCAUCUGCACCUCUGAGAGCCAGCUCGUGUCCCAGACUCUGCGCGGGGCCAAGAUGCAGCAAGAGUCGAUCCGCUGGAACCCGCUGGCCUCGGAGUCACCUUGGAAGUUCAAGGAUGUGACGUGGGAGGAACUCUUGGUUGCGACUGACUAUUACGGAAUGACGGAUCUGCGAACGCGCUGCGAGCAGGCGGUGACGGAUGGGAUCAACCAGAACAAUGCCUUGCAGAUGCUCUUCACGAUCGGGUGUUCGUUCGAGAAGGUCAAGGAGUCUGCGCUGGACUACCUGGUUAAGAACAUGGCGACGCUGGUGGUGGAUGGCAGCGAUCCUUUCGAACCGUAUGAGAGGCACCCGAAAUGUCACAGCUUCAUGCUUGAGCUGAUGCGUCGCAAGGCCAAGAGAGCUUGAACAAACGCUCUCUCGCCCACGUUCUCCAUGAAUUUUAUCUUCUCAUAACUCUUUUAUAUUUCUGCUUUCCAACCAACUUCCAAUUUGAAUAAACUUGGUGCUUCAGAACAGAACAAUUGCAGGAUGUGG